CACUGCUGUUAUCAAGGCCAUUGUUGUGUUUUGUUCCAAUACCUCAGCGACCCGAACAAAAUAGUAAAUAAUAUUCGUACCGUAAUAACUUCAAAAUAAAUUAUCCGCGGUUUCAUCGUUUCGAUAGUUUACUGUAUUCAAGUUUGGCUGUUGUUUGUGACAAAUAUCUCAAUGUCCAACCUCAAACUCUGACUGCUACUGCGACAGAAGACAGCGACGUAAGUAAUCCGUUUUUAAGAGGGGACACGAUGUUGGGUAUCGAAAAUUCGAAACAUAUGUCUUGUAGGCACCAAGAGCGGGUUAGGUCCGUUCGGAAUCUCUUACAGUGAUAUUUUCCAACGUUUGCAGUUACGUGCAUGCCGGAUACGGUCUUGUCGGUCGGCCACAUAUUAUGUUGUCGGAUACGGCCGUAUGAUGAUGUCGUGUGGCCACAGUUCACAUCGAUUUCCCGUGAACUCUGUUCGUUUUCCGUGCAAUUCUAACACUACACACGGGUAAACAAAUGGUUACAUAAUGGGCUUAUAAAUUAAUGUUUUUUUCUAGAAUAAAAAAACAUUACCCUGUAGUCUGUACAGUUAUACCUGUUGAUAAAAAAGUGUACCUUAUGGCCAAUCAUUGUUUCAAUACAAAUAUUUCAGCCCUAGGCUUAAAAACAAUAAUCGUUUACCAUGUCGUUGUAUGAUAGUUUAUAUUAUUUUUAAAUAAUUUAUUUUCUACAUUUUUUGUUGCUUUGUUUAUUAGGUACACAGUGAGUGUAGAUCUUAAUAUUUGUAUACUUGGCCGUUUAUUUGCAUUUAAUAUACCAUUUCAUAACGAUACAUUAAUUUUUAUCAGAGCAAUAAUUAUUUAAGUAGAGAAAAAUUAAUAUGAAUUAUUAGAAAUUUGUUUGCUAUAUAUGUGUAUUCUGUACAAUUAGUUUUCUAAUUUUUAGACUUUCUACUUUGUCUGUAAAUGGGCCAAGAAUAAAAUUCAUAGUUAGUCAAACAAGUCUCUUAAAGCUAUGCUAUCAUCAGGUAAAUCAAUAUUAUUUAUAAAUAGUAGAUACCUAACUUUAAUGUGUAUUAUUAAAUCUCUAAAUUGAUUAUUUUGCCAUUUUAUGUUCCUUAAUAUUAAUACUACCAAAUAAAUGGGGUCAACGUGACUAUUUAAUUUAAUUUAGUUGUUUAAUGAUAUACCUAUUUUAACUAGUUACUUAUAAAUAUACAACAAAAACAAAGAAAACGGUAACAACAAAUAGCUACAACUUGCCAACUCAAAUGGCUUAGGUUGGCUAAAUCUAUUAAAAUUUUAAGUUAUAAUGUCACAUUAAUAUUUUAGUUAAAACAUGUAAAAUAAUAUUUAAUAUUUUUAUCUUUAUAGCCUUUUACUGCUACUGAACUAAGAAUAAAUCAGUUUGAUUGAAUAUUGACUGGAUUUCCUAUGUGAUAUAUACAUGUAAGUACUUGGAGAACAUAUUGUACUAAUAUAAAUUAGUUAAAGAGUUAUUUCACAAUAUAUUACUCAUAGAAAUGUAUGUAUAUUUUUUUAUAUCUGUACAAUUUUAUAUUUUAUUCAUAGUUCAACUAGCUGUUACACUUUGCCUGUGCACAGUUAGUUCAGCUCUGCACGGAUAGGCAAGAGUGAAUGUAAUCUCUGACUUAACAGAAAUUCGGAGUUGUCUGACCCAAUCCUAUACAAUAUACGAAAAUCGGAAAAUUUGUCCCUAACUGAUCCUUAAAUAAAGUUCUUUAUUUCGUCCGAUCCCAUCCUAUACGAAAAUCCGAAAUAAUAUAACAAUACUCUGGUAGGGUCGAGCUGUCCUGGUUUGUGCAGAAUUCUAGGGGAUGAUCUGAAUUUGGUCCGACCCAAAUUAUUUUACAAGUCUGAACUAAGGUGCUCGCAAGCAGAGCGGCAGCAGCAGUGAAAACUUGUUUUCAUACAUUAUUUUUAUUUACUGCCGUGGUAAAUGAAUUUACAAACUGGAAAUUGUAGUCUGUUAACAAUCAUAAUAUUAUGUACGACAGAAUAUUGUAGAUUAUACGUAAUUACUAAAUUAAUUUUGAUCAGCAUUUAAGCUAUAAGUAUAAUCUGAUAUAUACUUCUAUUGUAAAUGAUAAAUUUAAUGUUCUAAAAUUAUUGGGUAUGUAGGUGCUCAGCGUAUUACCAAUAUUCGUUUAGUUUAUUGUAUGCUUGUAUAAAGUAUUAAAGUAUUUUUUAUUUUUUUUGUUAAACAAAUAACACCGCGGCAGCUAUGGCCAUUAGUCAAACAGUGAUAUUAAAGUAUUAUGAUCAUCAUGAGUAUAGUGAUUGUCCAUGAUGACAUAAAUGUGAAAUAAAUAAAUACCCAUCAGGCAAGUCGCAUGUGUCAUAUGUGAGAUAGGAAAUAUACACUAAACACGGUUCGUACCAAGCCUGUAUACAGGGGUAGGGGUUUAGGGGAUCAACCCCUCCCUCCGAAAUUUGUAUGGUACCUAUAGGUGUAUACCUUUAAAAUAACAAAGAUUAACUACAAGUUAGUGUAUUUAAAAUAUUUUUAAUUCUCCUCCUUCCCCCCUAAAUUGAUCUUGAACACGUGUUUGGUCCGUAAUGUAUCUAAAGCUAUUAUAGUUAUCCAAAGUUAAAACAAGAUAAAAAUGAAAUAUAAAGAGGACCUAUAACUACUACCGUGCGGAUAAUUAUUGCUGUAAUAUUUCCCUUUGGUUAGUUUAGUGAUAUUUUAUUUUGUCUCGUUACUGUGGAAAUGUCGCUGCCACCCUGGUUUAUGAGUACCUUUAAAAAUUAGUUUUUGAGCCCGAACUGAUCCGGUUUGAAAAAUGUUUAGGAUUGAACCAUCUUAAUCCAAUUUUGGGUCGGGUUGGGCUCGCCUGGUCCAUGCAGGACUCUAGUGCAUAGUAUUUAAUAUACAAAAAAUAACACAACUUCCCUUUUCACUCCUGCCUCUAUUGCAAUUAGUUGUUGUUGUCUUGUUAAUUUUUUUUUGUUUUAACUGUACUGUCUGUAACAAUCAAAUCAACUAUUUAUAAUUGUUUUCAUUUGUAUUGUCAUAGUAAUCUUUAAAUUAAAAACAAUCAAGUUUUUGUUCCAUACUAAAAACCUUGUGCCAGCCACACUUAGUGCUUAAAUUUUGAUAUAUUUUCUAUCUGAAUUAUUAUUCCAAUCAAAAAAUGACAGGAUAAUUUUUCUGUAACAUAGUUAGUGCACUGAAGAGGUCAUUUAUUGAGUUUUUAUUAGUUUUCAUAAAAAUUGGGAAAUACCGGAAAAGAAUAUUUUGAAAAAAUUGACAAAUUUAAAGCAAUAAUAUACCGUACAUUCAUUAAAUUAAAUUUGUUUUUGUUAUUGCAAAUAUUUUAUAUUUCAUUAUAAUAAAAUAUAAACUAUAUGUAUAUAAUUGACAAAGAAUUGCCCCUUAAGCAAAAUACUUCCUUAAAAUUAAAAAUGUCCACAUUGGGAAUCAUUUCUGUAGAUAGAUGUAGGUGUGCUGAAAAUAGUUUGUGAACUUCUAAGAUAACAAAACAGGCAUGAUUAAUUUCAAAAUAUAUUAUACAAAAUAUAUAAAUAUUAUAUAAUAUCAUAAAUCCAAAAGAUACGUUUGAACAUUAUAAUGUACCUACUAAUAAUAGGUACAUUCAAUGUUAUCAAUUAAAUAUUUAUGAAAAAAUUAUCUGUUUUCUUAAAUGUAUCUUAAGACCCUCAAAAUAGAUCUGUAUCAGUAUCUAGAUACUUUUUUAAUUAGAGUAUCUGUAUACUAAUUUAAAGUAUCUUAUUACAGCAUUGCCUAUUAUUGUUAUUAUUAUCACUGUUCUUGCCAAUUAAGUUAUUAGUAUAUUUUAAAAUGUAAGUGAUAAUUCAUUUAAUAUUACACAAGUAAUUGAACAACUUAUAUUUCUUUUCAAGGUUACAUUUUUGACAAACAUCUAGAGAAAAAUGUUUUAUUAUGGUAGUAAAUUUAUUCACAGUACAAAUCCGGCGGGUGGUUAAAAGUAGAAUUAGUUAACAAGAGUUACAAAUUAAAUUUAUCUUAUACAGAAAAAAUUAUAGGUAUGUGCGGUAUAUAUUUAUUAAAAAUGACUGGUUUAAAGUUUUAUAGGUUUUUAGGUGUCUAAAUUUUAUUUAUUUGUAUAAUGGAUAUUAAUGAUAUUUUAAAUCUAAUAUUUUCUAAUAGUUUUGUGAUGCUUGAUCAUGAAUAAAUUAUAUUAAUACAUUUUUUUUUUUUAUCCAAGAUCAAAAACAUUUUUUAAUAAUAAGAACCUUGGUGACAUGGAACAUUAGGAAUUAUCAUUAUUACGUGUUUACAUGAUACAUAUAUUACAAAAAUUAGUGAGCAAAAAGACCAUAAUAUAAAAUAAAUUCAAUAUCAGAAAUAUAUAGUUAUAUUUUGUUGAGUAGAUUGGAGCCAGUGAUGAAUGUGAUUGUUUUGUUCAUUGCCUGUGAGUAACUGUGUAAAGCUUUAGUGAGUAAGCCUGGGAGACUAUUUUAUCCUGUUUUUCAAUGUCGGAUGAUUUUAGAUACUUAUAAUUGGUACCAUCUCAUGAGGCAUUUAUUUAUACUUAUUAUACUAACACCAUAUGGUUUUAUUAAAAAGUUAUUAUUAAAAGUAUUAUUUAUAUGACAUUAUCAGUGUUUGAAUAUUUUUCAGUGGAAAGCCAAUGAUAUUACUUGUGGUUGUUAGACUUUGAACAUAUUUACUGAACAAUAUCUAAAUAGUCCCAAAUGAAAAGUGUACCUGUUGACGGUCCAUCGGAAAAUCUUCGUCAACUAAACACAACUUGGGGGAAGAGUAGAGGUGAACAGCAAACAGAAUUGAGUUCAGAGGCACGGAAUACUGUACGAAGAACACUAUUUACAGACUCUGCCAAUAAAUCAGAGACCAAUGAUAAUGUCUUAACGGAAUCUAAUGAAAAAAAUCCCAAGUGGGUUUCAUACGUGUUAAAUAGGUUAAGUGAAGAUACAAAAAACAUGCCCGGCAACAGUCAAACUCCUCCUGCCAAAGAGGUAAAAGAAAAGGAACCGGAAGUACAAACAACUGUCGGACCUGAUUGCGGUAUUAAAGACGUAUGGGCUCAUAAUUUAGAAGAAGAGUUUUCAUCAAUACGAAAACUCUUGCCGAAAUAUUCCUAUGUGGCCAUGGAUACGGAAUUUCCGGGUGUUGUUGCUCGACCCAUUGGCGAUUUUAAAACCACUGCAGAUUAUCUUUAUCAGUUGUUACGUUGCAAUGUUGAUUUAUUAAGAAUCAUACAGUUGGGACUUUCAUUUUUUGAUGAAGACGGUAAAACUCCUACUGGACCUUACACAACUUGGCAGUUCAAUUUUAAAUUCAAUUUAUCAGAAGACAUGUAUGCCCAAGACAGUAUAGAAUUACUGACAAACUCCAGGUAAUAUUUUUAUACAUUUAUUGUAUAAUAUUACUAUAAUUUAUUUUCUUUGUUUUUUAGAAUACAAUUUAAGAAACACGAAGAAAAUGGUAUUGAACCUUUGGUUUUUGCCGAAUGCAUAGUCACGUCAGGAUUAGUAUUGAUGGACAAUAUCAAGUGGAUGACUUUUCACAGCAGUUUUGAUUUUGGUUACUUAGUCAAAGUUUUGACCGACGAAAAAUUGCCACAAGAAGAGUCUGAUUUUUUUGAUAUGUUCUCUUUGUACUUUCCUUGCGUAUAUGACAUCAAAUAUUUAAUGAAGAGCUGCAAGAACUUAAAGGGGGGUCUUCAAGAAGUGGCUGAUCAAUUGGAAUUAAAGCGAAUUGGACCACAACAUCAAGCUGGCAGUGAUUCAUUACUAACAGGAAUGGCGUUUUUCAAAAUCAGGGACAUGUAUUUCGAAGGAAUGAUUGAUAAUAAGAAGUAUUGUGGCCAUCUGUAUGGCUUGGGCAUUACUACUUUGAAUAAUGGACAAAUUCGAUAUGAUAACAAUGACGGGCCGUCAAAUUAAAAAUGUCCAAAAUUAUUAUUUUUUAAUUGAACCUAUUUCGAAUAUUCUUCUAUUUUUUGUUAUCCGCCAUUUAAUGGUAAAGUCCCAUCCAUACAUAUAGACUUAAAAGUAACUUAAAAUAAAAUGCCUAAGAUUUAUUUUUAUUCAACAAUUUAUUUAUCCCAUUUAAUAUAUUAUAUUUUGUUUGCCAAUAUUUAUUGUGAAUUAAAAUUAAGAAAAUUUGCCCGAUUAAAUUUAGUGUAGUAUUAUGUUAAGAAAAAAAAUUGUUUGUACUGUACUUAAAUGUUGAUCACAGAGAUCAUACAAAUAUGCAAAUACAUUUGUUUUAAGUUUUGUUAUUUUUAUUAAAUAACAAGCCUUGCAUUAUGAUUUUUAUAUUUUAUACAUUUAUUUUAAUUCAAAAUAAUGGUGUUAUUAAUGUUUCAUGUAUUAUUAAUUUUUGAAAUUUUCUGAAAUGUAAAAUAGUUAAACAUUUUCCAUUUUCAUUACUGAGCACUGAUAAAUAAAUGGUAUUCAAAUUAUUAUUUAUUAAUGGCAAGGAAAAUAUUUAAUAUUGUGUGAACAUUUAAUAAAACUAAAUAAAUUAAAAAUUUCAAAUUGACUCAUCAAUAGUAAACAUUUGUGUCUCAAAUGUUUUAUAAAAUGAGAAAUUGCUCUUUUAGAUUGUAUAAAAAAAAAGUAUAAGGAUUAUAAUGUAAGGCUUGAGUAAUUAUUAAAAAAAAAAAAACUUUAAUUAUUAAACGGAACAAAUGUUAUUGCAUUUAUCAGAUUUUUGAAUUAUUGAAUCAUGCUUUAUAUCUAUAUAUUAUUUAUAUAUAUAUUAAGUAUGACCGAAUAAGAAUUCAUUAUGGUAAAUUUGUAUUCUAAAAUAAAAAUAAUUUUUUUUAUAAUUUAAAACAAUUUCAUAUAAACUUAAUGUGUGCCUAAUAUUAUUAUAGUUAUAUAUUAUUAUAUGUAUAUAUAUAUAUAUAUUAUAUAUACAUAUAUUUUUUUGUGGAUUUUUUUAGAUCCGGUCAAUUGUAUAAAUAAGAUUCCUUUCUUGUGUUUCAUUGUUGCCUCAAAACUGUCUGUAAAUAGUGUGAUAAUAUAUUUUAAAUAUUUUGCUAAUUAGUAAUAAUGUGCUAGGUCUUGGAUGUUGUUACUUCAGUGUUGCAUUCUUUUUCUAAAAAUGAUAGAGAAAAUUGUAGGAAAUGGAUGUUGGCAUUUGAUUGAGAGAGACAUGAUAAGAUGGGUGACAGGAGUCCACAUUUUCGCGAGCAAGCCUAGGUUGAAUGAACUGGCAUGCUAUCAAGAGGGAUCUUGGCGGGCCUCUCAAAAAUGCAAAAUCGUACUUGUUUCUAAUUAAAUUUAUGUAAUGUAUGUAUUACAUAUUACAAUAUUUUAAAUAUAGAUUGUCAUUUAAAAAUCAAAAUUAGAUAGUUGUUUCUUAACCUAAAAUAAUUUUAAUGUAACAUUUAAGAGCUUUUUGUUUUUGAAAUGUUAAAAAAAAAAUAUUUAUUUUAAAAUUUAAAACUUUCAAAGAAAAAGAGUGUACUCACUUAAAUGGACCGACCAGUAUAUUUCAGUCAAAUUAUAUGGAAAACCUUAUUUAUUAAUUAUUAUUGGAAGAUUCCCAGAUUUAUUAAUGAUUCACUUUUGCUACAUCUCUCAUUGAAAAUUCCUGGGCACGGCAUUGUCUAUGAUUUUAUUUGAUUUCAACAUCCAAGUUCUAAUACCUACUUACCGUAUUUGUAAAUAUUUUUUCAGCGUCUACUUAAAUGUUUCAAUUUUUUAGUAAUAUGUGUUACUAUUGAGUGUUGUGUUUGAUUUUGGUGAUAUUUUACUGAAAACUAUCUAUUUAGAAAUAAUCAUAAAUUCUACAAACAUAACAAUACAAUUAAUUGUUGUUUUUUUACUUUUUGUUGUAUUGUUAAUGGAUUAAUUAACACUUGAAUUUUCUUAAUAAAAAAAAUGUUUCAUUGAUGGUACCAUAAUUUUUACCUACUUCUUGGAAUAAUGUUUUGGUUAAAAUUCUAAAAUUGGUGAAACAA